AUGGGCAACGCAUACACGAUUGAACUGUCCCGUAAGAUACGUACGCAUCCUACGUUUUACGCCGGUCGUCUCCGCCCGUACUAUCAGUACGAGCCCGUUUCGAGAUGCGAAGAACACCUCCACGGUCGAGAGCCGAGACGACCCUCGAGUGGUCAUGUUUCAACGAGCCAGUCUGGUCGACUAGCGAAGCGACCUGUUCACGCAGCUCAGCGAUGUCUCGACGAGCAGCAGCCAGCUCAUCACGAAGAGAACGAGUCGAACUUUCUUUCUCAAGUUGCGCGAACGCAAAAGCGGCACGAUCUUCCGAACGAUCGUCAUCUUGCAACUAUUCCGUUACACGGUUCAGCUUUUGAACGUCAAGCUGAUCCAACCCUCGAGCCGGAUCAGGUUUUCCCGCCGCCACCACAUCCUUUGGUGGACUCAGUCGGUGGUCAACGCUUCCUGGUAAAGCUUAUUUUGAGCCAUUGCGAUGUGAAUGGCGUCCGGACGAGUUACCUCGUCCACUGGCGUGGCUAUCCACCGGCGUGGGACAGCUGGAAGCCUCGUUUCCAGAUGAUUGUUGAUGUCCUCGGUCUCGUCGAGCAGUAUGACGAGACCCACCCGCUGCGUUCGAAAAAGGGCCGUCGGAAAAUGACCUCCCCGAACGCGAGUACAGGGAUUGCAAAGUGUCAAUCCCUUCGGCCAUCUCAGAAGAGAUGCGCGCCCUCCAGUAGGGAUCAUUAG